AUUAGUAUCUCACAGGUGACCUGUACUGUGUGUCCAUCGCCAGCCUGCCGACGCUUAUGGACUUUGAAAGCGCUUUUCUUUAUUCUCCGUUUGGUUUUCGGGAGGAAUCCUCGGAUCUUCUAAUGAAUCCCAAUGUCUUUUUCCCCAAUCCCUCCUCCACAUGACUUUUUUGGUUCCUCACAGAGAAAUCAUGCAUCAGAUCCUACGGACCUUGGUGUUGAUAUGCUGCCUUAACACGGUUUGUCCCUUCUGUCCGUCCCAGUGCUCUUGUGUUUUUCAUGGACGCAGCGAUGGGUCGGGAACCAGGUCUGUGCUAUGCAACGACCCCGACAUGUCCGACAUCCCUGUCAAUGUCCCUGUGGACACCAUCAAGCUCCGCGUGGAAAAGACCGCCAUUCGCCGGGUGCCGACGGAAGCGUUUUAUUAUUUGGCGGAGCUCCGCUACCUGUGGAUAACGUAUAACUCAAUCUCCUCGGUAGACACGGGAAGUUUCUACAAUCUGAAAGUUCUCCAUGAACUGAGGCUGGACGGCAACAUGAUUUCAGUGUUCCCGUGGGAAUCUCUCAAGGAGAUGCCCAUGUUGAGGACCUUGGACUUGCACAACAACAGGCUCACCGCUAUCCCUCCUGAGGCCAUUCCCUACCUGGUAAAGAUUACGUAUUUGGAUCUAUCCAGCAACAAACUAGCCACCCUGCCCUCGGACCUCAUGGAUAUCUGGCCCCCGUUCAACGGCGAGCCCGUCACUUCAAAUGCCUCUCAAAAGGUGGUGCUGGGCCUGCAAGACAACCCUUGGUUCUGUGACUGCAAAAUCUCCAAAAUGAUCGAAAUCUCCAAAAUGGCAGUCACACCCGUGGUUCUGAUGGACCUGUUCCUGACCUGCAGCGCCCCUGAAAACCUCUCAGGCGUCCUCUUUCAGCGCGCUGAACUCGACAACUGUGUCAAGCCUGUGGUCAUGACUUCAGCAACCAAGAUCACAUCCCCCUUGGGUAGUAACGUACUGCUACGAUGUGACGCCACGGGCUCCCCGACACCGAGCCUUUACUGGGCUAGGUCUGAUGGAUCGCUUGUCAACAACACAGUGCAGGAGUCACCAGGGGACGGCAUCCGGUGGUCUAUAAUGAGCCUGCAUGGGAUCCUACACAAAGAUGCCGGGGAGUACAGCUGCAAAGCCAAGAAUGACGCAGGCACAGCAAUAGCAAAUAUAUCUCUGUCAGUGGCCGGCACCAUGAGCACCACAGUCUCUCAGUCGAAGCCCGAAGCCAAAACAGGUUCAACAGGCCCGGACUGGACAUUUGAUCCAGGAAUGGAUGCAGGUGUGUUGACCUCGACUUUACCCAUGGUCCAGACGACAGUGGUUGGCCUCCCUGCGAAACCAAAAACGACUCUCAGUGCCCAAAAGGGUUCGUUGAAGCCUGCAAAGAGCCAGCAAGGCAACGAUGGGCGGAAAUUUGUGUCCGAUGAAAAAAGUAAAAAGGGUGAAGUGUCAAAGAUGAUCAAAGACUUGGAGAUUGUUGAAGAAACAUCUGACAGUGCGGUUUUGGUCUGGACAGCAGAGGGGCUACCAAAGGAUUCUCCUCUCACUGUCGUAUAUUCGCCUUACGGUGAAGAUGUUGAGGAUGACUACAAAAGAACUGUGGAGACCAAUGCAGGCAGUGGCAAAAUACUGCUGGAGGACCUCUCCCCUGGUAUUAGAUACUCUGUUUGCCUCAUAGCCAAAGGUACUGCCACUGGAAAGGACCCUUGCAUCGAUUUUUACACACAGGACAAUUUAGAGGAUGGCGGACAGAACCGUUUCUUCUUCAUCAUCAGCGGAAUUGCCUGCGCGUUGGCAUUGCCGCUCAUCGGCCUGCUGCUCUACAAGAUCUUCGACCUCUACAGCAAGACGAGCGAGUCAGCUCCAGACUCAGAGGAGCUCGAGAAGGAGAGCUAUGUCAAGUUUGAGACCAUCAAUAUGAAACAAAGGACCAUGAACCCUCACCCAACAGAGCUGUGGGCGAGGAGGCCCACCCACGAGUCAGAAAGGUUGCUGCUAUGUUCUCGCUCGAGUAUCGACUCCCAAAUGACCUAUAAGAGUGACAGUUCCCGGUCCGAGUAUCUCUGUUGACGCUCCAACAACGUGCGCGAAAGAUUCUAUGUAAUUAAAUGCCUUCAGCAAUCAAGAUUGAGAGGUUUAAAGACAUCCACCUCUAAAAGAUUUACGGAUAAGUGAUAUUGUUACGAAUGCCAUUUUUUCCCUGUUUUUGGAGCCUUAUUGUUUAAAAAUUCAGACAAAGUCACACCUUCACUGCACCGGAUGCAUAAGUCCAAGCAAAGUGUUUUUUCUUUAAUAUUCGAUGCCAAAAUGUAAGAAUAACAUAUCAUCAUAAUGUGCUAGACAUGGCAAGUCAAUCAUUCGUAGCCACCUCUCGUCACCUUCAAAAUCCAAGUAUGCCUUACACGAUAAAUGUUUAUAGAAUACAACACAUCUCUGUAAAAGGUUGCCACUUUUUAUCUUUAUAAUGUAAAUAUUUGUAUUCAAUGAUGUUGUGUACAUUUCUUGAAUAAAAUUAAACAUGAGUCAGGACGGAACUGUUGAAAAGUAACUUAACUGUGCACUAAAAUUGUUUUGUUUACCGAAUUUUUUAACACAAUUUUGAGAAACGACUUCCUAAAUGAAGUACAUGUCGAUGAGGUCAUUGUGGUCUGGGAUUGCUUUGCUCCCUUAGGGCCUGGACGAAAAUGAAUGGGAUCACUUACAUCAAUACCUCGAUUAGAGAAGCAUUGCCCUUUGCCCAUCUUUCGAGCUAAAUUCCCAUGUUGUAGUUGGGACUUUAUGUACCGUUAUUUCAGACUAUAAGGUGCACCAGACUAAGCCGCCACCCACCAAAUUUGUUCAUAGAUUAACUGCACCGGAGUAUAAGCCGCAGCUGUCCUCACUGUUUUAUGAGAUAGUUACACCAAGAUAAAUUAACCGGUAACACUUUAUUUGACAGCAGCAUCAUAAAACUGUCAUAAGACCAAAUGAACCACAUGAACCAAUUGGCUGUAAAUAAAAAAAUGUAAUAUAAUAAUAUACCCAGGGGUGAAAGUGGGCCAGAAUGGUCAGAAACGCAGUUCCGGUGUAAGAGUCAGGGCCGGAACGCAGUUCCAGUAUAAGAUUCAGGGCCAGAAUGCUGUUCCGGUACACGGUGUUUUGAUUCCCAAAAUAUGACAGCAACUGUCAAAACUCUAUGUAAAAAAAUAAAUAAAUAAAAUAAAAUACAAAGCUGCCACACAUGCAUUUCAUCUCCAAGAAAAAAACAAUCUACCAGCAUCAGAUUUACAUACACAAGUGUCAACAACAAGCACAAUAAAGGGCUUGUGUAGCGUAAUCCGUUUCCACCGAUAUUUAUUAUUUAUUUUAUUCCACGGACGGCAUGGAGGUUUCCCCAGCUGCUGCAGUUUUCUGAAUCUGACGAUGACGAGUCACGUCAAUGUGCGAAUGCACACAGCAAAGCAAAACGC